AUGGCCCUAGUCAACGCCUACAUCGUCUACAAAAAACUAUGUGAGAGAAAGCCCCACAAGGACUCGCACUUCAACUUCUUGGCAAAGCUUCACAAGGAUUUAAUCGAACACACAGAAGCCUGCUUUACGCACUCAAGAGCAGCGCCAAACGUGGCAGCAGAGACUCCGAGCGUCGUGCAGGGUGAACACGAGCUCACGCAGACCACUGACUACCGCAUGAACAAUGGUGUUCAGCGCCUCCGCCAAAGACAGUGUAAGGUAUGCUCCUGCUACAAGCCUGAAGGAAAGAAGCGGGGAGGAACGUCUUCCUACUACUGCGCCCCGUGCUCACAAGGAAAGAAAGGACCCAUCACGCUUUGCAACAAGGAGCGUGGUCACCCCAACAAUGAAGGUCUCACCUGUACUCAGAUCUGGCACCUCGUGUGGCAAAACGGUGAGUUUGCACCCAAGACAAACCACAUCCGCGACCGUGCAGUAGCGAAGGAGUAA